AUGCUUGAGUAACAUACAAACUCUGAACACGUUGUACUGGGCACCAAAAUGGCCUUGCCUUUGAACACGUCUGGAUCUGGCAACGGAUCUGUGCAACCAGCCCCUGGGGAGGGGAACACGCUGCGCUGGGCAGCUCUGCUCAUCCUAAUGGUCAUCAUACCGACCAUUGGGGGAAAUAUUCUCGUCAUAUUGGCUGUAUCAUUGGAGAAAAAGUUGCAAUAUGCCACCAAUUACUUCCUCAUGUCCCUGGCAGUGGCCGAUUUGCUGGUAGGAUUGUUUGUGAUGCCAAUUGCACUUCUUACAAUACUGUUUGAGAUCGCAUGGCCUCUUCCACGGGACUUGUGCCCUGUCUGGCUCUUCCUUGAUGUCCUUUUCUCCACGGCGUCCAUCAUGCAUCUCUGUGCCAUUUCACUCGACCGUUACAUUGCCAUAAAAAAGCCAAUCCAAGCCAGCCAGUACAACUCACGGGCUACAACACUCAUCAAAAUAACAUUGGUGUGGCUGAUCUCAAUAGGUAUUGCAAUCCCAAUCCCAAUCCGUGGCAUAGGAGAAAGUGGCGAAAACCUCCUGAAUUUCACCUGCGUGCUAAAACCUGAACGUUUCGGAGACUUCAUCCUAUAUGGUUCAGUAGCGGCUUUCUUUGUCCCCCUGGCCAUCAUGGUGGUCACUUACUUUCUCACGAUCCGAGUUCUCCGCAAGAAAGCCUACUUGAUCAACAAACUGCCUCAGCGCUUGACCUGGAGUACCGUGUCCACAGUAUUUCAGCGGGAUAUGACACCUGGCUCAUCACCGGAAAAGGUGGCCAUGUUGGACAACGCUAGGAAGCCACUGCCUAAUGGGAACGAAGAACUGCUAAUGCGUAGGAUGUCCACAGUGGGGAAAAAGUCAGUUCAGAACAUCACCAACGAACAACGUGCUUCCAAAGUCUUGGGCAUCGUAUUCUUCCUCUUUUUGUUGAUGUGGUGCCCGUUCUUUAUCACCAACAUCACUUCUGUACUCUGCAAAUCCUGCAGUGAGGAAUUUAUCCAAACGCUCAUGGAGGUAUUUGUUUGGAUAGGUUAUGUUUCUUCAGGUGUGAAUCCACUGGUCUACACCCUUUUCAAUAAGACGUUCAGGGAGGCUUUCGGCAGGUACAUGACUUGCAAUUACCAGGCCUCAACUCCUGGGAAUGCCCUUCGGAAGUGCUCCAGCAGGCUCUCUUUCAGAAAUUCCGUGGCCGAGAACUCCAAGAUUUUUAUGAUGAGCCACGGAAUGCGAAACGGGAUUAAUCCGGUCGUGUACCAAAGCCAUCGGCUUUGCAGCUCACCCAUCCAGUCCUCGUCAGCCAUUCUGCUGGAUACGCUACUACUUACAGAGAACGAAGUCGAUAAAACAGAAGAACAGGUCAGCUAUGUAUAGCUGAAUGAAAAAGGAAAGCCAUGCCCUCAACCCCUUGACAAAUGCCAGUAUGUAAAUGUGGUUUUCAUCUGUUAUUUAUACAAAUCCCAAUGAUAGUUUUAGC